AUGGAUGUGGCGCUCACUGAACCUCAUCAACUCUCAUCCAACUUCACUCAUCUCAUCGCUCAGGCGCCAUUCACGGGAAUCAGCAUUGGCAGCACUCAAUUGUUAUUCGCGGCAGCCACAUUCUCCAUCGCCAUGGCUUCUCUCAAGCAGCCUCGUCAUGUCGCCGAAAUCAUGCUCUCAUGGCUAGGCCUUGAGCUCGUCUCCCUCACUGAGCUUCAAACUCUCUGGGCGGGCUACGGCCACAUCUGUGCCCUCACUGCAAAGCUUGCUAACACCAAUGGUGUCGCCAACUCGAAGCAAAAGCCGCUAGCUAUCCAUUCAGAAGAAGAUGGGACAUAUCGCCUCAUCAUCAAACUCAUCUCACCGCCACGCGCCAAGGGAACAGAUGAGGGCCACCUGCGCAAGAUGUUAAGCUACGAGGUGGAGCAAUACUUCUACCAAGAGAUUGCACCGCGAUUAUCAGAUGAUGUCGCUGUCGCAAAGUGCCUCGCUUCCACUCUAGAUAUGGAGGGCAAGCCCCGCAAGGAAGAGCUUGAGGGUCUCACCGCCACCAUCAUCACGGACCUGCGGCCAGAGUUUCCCGUGGCUGGUGAAAAGAGAUUGGUCCUCAAUCGCAAGCAGGUGAAUGCUGCGCUGGACUGGCUGGCAAAGUAUCACAGCAGCUCUUGGGCAUCGCUGCCGGAUGACCUUGGGCAAUUUGUGCUGCCCCCGCUUGAAGAGGCGAAACGAAGGGAGGCUGGUAAUGGCGUUACAGAGCCCAAGAUGUGGCUGAACGGAGGGUACACAUACCUUGCUACCAGACGGAAGGAAUACGGAUCGCUUUGCAGAGACGACUAUUCCGAAUGGUCUUCGGCAUUCUGCGACCCCGUCGAGGGUUCAUCCUCUUCGAUUGCCGAGCUAGUUGCCGACUUCCUCACACCAUCUGGCAGGCCGUUUGAGACAUACAUCCACGGCGACGUCAAGUCCGAAAACCUCUUCACGACUAAAUCUGGCGACAAGGUGGCUUUCUUCGACUUCCAGUACGCGGGACUCGGAAUUGGCGGCUGCGAUCUCGCUAAGCUCUUCACCUGUUCGGUCCCCGUUGAGAUGCUCACUCAGCACGAAGACAUACCGGAUCAGCUAGCCAUGGAUAAGGGUGAGAGGACUAUUCUGGAGCAGUAUCGAAGUACUCUCCUGAGCCAAAAGCCGACAGGGAAGGGGCCCGAGAAUUAUGAUUGGGAGACGUUCGUGCGACACUGGGAGACUGCCUUGGUGGAUUGGUGCCGCUUCCAGGCAUCUUGGGGCUUCUGGGGAAAUACAGAAUGGCUCGAGGCUAGAGUCAGACAUAUUCUUGCCGACCAGAGUUGGCGAGAUUGGCUCAAGAAGGAGACAAUUAGGACUUAG